UUAGCGCGCACCACCGCUAACUAAGCUAGCCGUUUCACAUCCGUUACACAUGCAGCUGAGUGACUUGAGGGAACAGGGGAGGUGUUGAUGUUCCAGCUGGGCUUUGACGCUGAGGUCUUUGGGUUGGUGUUCGCUGCAGACUACAAGGCUAAAGUCCUGGCCAGGGAGAAGGGGAGAUGGACACUGGGCACAGUAGAGAAGAUCCUGGAGAAAGUGCUGUCCUUCUGCAACAACCUGAGCUUCAACAAAUACAAAAUGCUCAAGGAGUUUCUCUUCACAGGCUCAGAGAACGCAACUGGUGAAGUCAUGGGUUCUGACAGGGAUGCUGGCAGCUCUAUCCAACUGUCAGAUUCACCAAGUACCUAAUACAGGGUAGUAAAGCUGUGCUGGGCAUGGUUAAGACGUCCAAAUAUAACUUA